UCCUUUUUCUCCAUUCCGCAUCUAGAAGAGAGAGGGUUUUACAGCACGAGAGAAAAAAAUGGCGACCGAAGAAAAUAGUGAGUUUUAUCUGCGUUACUAUGUAGGUCACAAAGGAAAGUUUGGUCACGAGUUCUUAGAAUUCGAGUUUAGACCUGAUGGUAAACUUCGUUACGCUAAUAACUCAAACUAUAAGAAUGAUACUAUGAUUCGUAAAGAAGUCUUUCUUACUCCUGCCGUUCUUAAAGAAUGUCGUAGAAUCAUCUCUGACAGCGAGAUUAUGAAGGAAGAUGAUAACAACUGGCCAGAACCAGAUCGUGUUGGGAGGCAAGAACUUGAGAUUGUGAUGGGGAAUGAGCAUAUUUCGUUUACUACUUCCAAGAUUGGGUCUCUUGUUGAUGUUCAGAGUAGUGACGAUCCUGAAGGGCUCCGUAUCUUCUACUAUCUUGUUCAGGACUUGAAGUGCUUUGUGUUCUCUCUCAUAUCACUUCAUUUUAAGAUUAAGCCCAUAUAAAUCAGGAUUUGUGGAUCAGUGAUCGUCUUCGUGCUCGACGAAUCAGAGGUUUGGUUUCAAGGUGGAUGCUGGAUCACUUGCGCCAGUGGUUUUAUUACUCGUACUCUUAUGUUUAUCGACGUUCUUUGGUCCAUCAAAUGGGUGUGUUUCUGUGAUAGUGAAUCUCUCUUAUAUGAAAGUCUGAAGGUUUACUCUGUGAUACAGUAUUUGGUGAACGGUGUAGAAGACAUUCAUUCUUUUUUGUUAGCCUGCUUUAUUUUCUUUCCUCUUUCCCCUUUAACCCCAUGUGAAAUUUUAUCUAGUCCAAACUUGAAAUUUGAAAUGAAUUUGUGGCGAAUUAUUUGAAGUUCCUCCACUUUUCCCAGGA